GUUCCCAGGGAGACAGAAAACUGGACAGACACUUAGCCACUUUCAUGCUAACAUUAGCAUUACUGAGCAGCGUGACUGAGGUUCAACAGGAAAUGGAACAUGUUUGAUGCUACAGAUGGUACGGAAGCUAAAGUAUCUACAGAUGCUAAAGAUACUACAGAAGCUAAAGAUGCUACAGAUGCUACGGAAGCUAAAGAUGCUACGGAAGCUAAAGAUACUACAGAAGCUAAAGAUGCUACAGAUGCUACGGAAGCUAAAGAUACUACAGAAGCUAAAGAUGCUACAGAUGCUACGGAAGCUAAAGAUACUACAGAAGCUAAAGAUGCUACAGAUGCUACGGAAGCUAAAGAUGCUACAGAUACUAUGGAAGCUAAAUAUACUACAGAAGAUAAAGAUACUACAGAUGGUACAGAUGCUACAGAUUCUACAGAUACUACAGAUUCUAAAGAUGCUAAAGAUACUACAGAAGAUAAAGAUGGUACAGAUGCUACAGAUUCUACAGAUGCUAAAGAUACUACAGAAGCUAAAGAUGCUACAGAAGCUAAAGAUGCUACAGAUGCUACGGAAGCUAAAGAUACUACAGAAGCUAAAGAUGCUAAAGAUGCUACAGAUGGUACGGAAGCUAAAGUAUCUACAGAUAGUACAGAUGGUACAGAUUCUUAAGAUGAUAAAGAUACUACAGAAGCUAAAGAUGCUACAG